AGCACAAACGCAAAAAAACAUUAUUUUUCGCUCGUCGCAGUUUUUUAUUUAAGUUUCGGUAAACAAAACGCACGCACACAAACAUUGAGAUAUUAUUUAAUGCGAGUGCUGCUUUACAUGUGUCGCCAAUUUUUUGUUGGGAAUUAUAAAGAACGCACAAAAUGUUCGCGCCGUGCUUUAGCUUGUUGUUGUUGUUUUGCUAUCAAAGUGCGCGCAUUAAAUAUUUAUUAAAAUUGAAUGCGUGAAUAACGUGAACCUAAAAAAAGUAUAUCUCUUUGAACUGCAUUUUCAUUGAAAGAAACUACUCUGCCUUUGUUGUUGAUUAUGUUGAAACGCUUGCUAAAAGUGUCAAUUGCAAUUGUGUUGAGUUUAAUGUUUACCGUUUCAUUGGUAAAGAUUGUUUUAUUGAUUUGGACAUCAUAUCCGGACUGGUUGCUGCAUUUCCACCCCGACGCCACCCUCGACAGCGACGCCUUCCCCUCCUCCAGUUUUACAGCCGAUGAAUGGCUUGCAUAUCAGCAUUUGCUGAGUGAUAAAGGCAUUUCAUCAUUGUCGAGUUCCGGGGAUCCGGAGCGACUGCCGGAGUUGCCGCCGGGCGACGAGCAGCGUCUGCAACGCGCCGCACUCCACUUGCAACAGAAGCUCAUCCUGCGUGAAUGGCUGCGUGAGUAUCGCAUGCAACAUCACUAUCAGCGACUGUUGGCUGUUGAGGUUGCCUCAUUGGAGGACGUAUAUUGGCUGGAGGAUUCGCGAGCGAGUAAAAUACUUGGCAAGGACUGGCAGCUGUGGUCGACGGCGCGUCAAGGAUUGCCCACAUCGAAGGCACAGCUGGAUGCGUUGAAGGCGCAGCUGUGGUCAACGGUGGUGAAGUCGAGUCAGCAUCAGGACGCAUGGACAUGGGGUGGCAUGCUGGUGGUAUCCGUUUCCGUAGCCGGACUCGUCACACUCGCCGCCAUGACACAACCAUCGCUGGCCCCGGAGGCGCGACACUCGCUGCUGCAGUAUGUGACCGGGAAGUAUCUGCUGCCGGCCAACUGUAAGGUGCAGUGGGACUGGAAGGAUCCGGUGCGUGUGGGCGACACCAUGUGCUUUGUGGUGCGCUUCUUUCAGCGCAACGGCCAGCCAUAUCCCAUCUGUGAUACGGACCAGUUCUUUGUCGAGGUCACCGAGGGCACACGCAAAGUGGUCACCAUCAGCGAGCUCGGCUCGUCCACGGAUCCCAAUAAUGCCAACAUCGCCAAGGUCAAGUUCACCGUUCGCACCGCGGGACAAUAUAAAAUCUCGGUGCUCAUUGGCGCCAGUCACAUCGCUGGUUCGCCCUUCUUACGCAACUUUCUCCCGGGUGCAAUCGAUGCUCGCCGAUCGCGUUUCAUUCGUCCCGCCAGCACGGUGAUCUGUUGUGCCAGCGCACCGACUCUGAUGCACAUUGAGCCCAGGGAUGAGUUCGGCAAUGCCUGUCUCUUUGAGCAGUCCGAUGAUGCUCUGAAGGGCUAUCAUGUGGCCAUCUAUGACCUGCAUGGCGUGGCCGUGGAGAAGCUCCAGCAUGCUAUUGCCUUCAGCUACGAUCGCGUCAACUCACGGGUCUCGGUCACCGCCUUGUUCCCGGAGCCAACCUGCCUGCGUGCCGUCAUCAGCUAUCGGGAUCAGCAACUGCCAAAUGGUGACUUCGAUAUCAUCGUGCUGAGCAAUAGCGACACGACGCUGGUGCACAAGAACAUUGCCUCGCGAAAGCACAACAUUUGCUACGAGGCCAAACUGCUGAGCAUCUACGGUGCAAGCAAGGGCAAACCUAGAAAGGUGAUGUGCUAUGUGGGACCGAAGCAGAACUCGUUGAUCUUUCAGGUGACGAUCAAGGAGAUGAUCUUGAAGUUCAUACCCAAACGCAUUGCGACCUUUCGACUGUGUCCCUCGACCAAAUUCCACUUUCUGCCCCAGCUGGUGACGCAGUUGCAUGGUCCAGUGUUUGUCAUCGACGAUGGAGCGCAACCGAGGAUCGAGCUGGCCUCCAAGGAUCGCAACAUCAUCGCGGCAACAUUUACACACUUUUUGCUAAAGAACAUUGGUGGCUCCGAAACGUUUAAGGACAAACAGGAUUUCUUUUAUCACGAAGUGCGUAAAUUUCAUGCCAGUUACUAUCACGAGAAGAUGGCACUGAAAGUGCAUCGCGAGAAGAUCCUUGAGAGCAGCAUGAAGUCAACCAAAGGCUUCUCCGUCUCCGAUUGGUGCGGCAACUUCGAGGUCACCUUUCAAGGCGAACAGGGCAUCGAUUGGGGUGGCCUGCGACGCGAAUGGUUCGAGUUGGUCUGCAGUGCAUUGUUCGAUUCCCGCAGCGGACUCUUCUGUACAUUCCACGACAAGCAUCAGGCGCUGGUGCAUCCGAAUCCCACGCGACCAGCGCAUCUGAAGCUCAAGUACUUUGAGUUUGCCGGCAAAAUGGUGGGAAAAUGUCUCUUCGAGAGUGCACUGGGAGGCAGCUAUCGUCAGUUGGUCCGAGCUCGCUUCAGUCGCUCCUUUCUGGCUCAGCUCAUUGGACUGCGAGUGCACUACAAGUACUUUGAGCAAGACGAUCCGGAUUUGUAUCUGUCCAAAAUUAAGUACAUACUCGACACGGAUCUCGAUGGCACCGACACCUUGGAGCUGUACUUUGUGGAGGAGCUGUACGAUGCCAGUGGUCAGCUGAGCAAGACGAUCGAGCUGAUACCCAACGGUGCCAAGACGCGUGUCACGAAUGCCAGCAAAAAUCAGUAUCUGGAUGCCUUGGCCCAACAGCGUCUCUGCAAUAGCGUCAAGGAUGAGGUGGACAGCUUUCUGAAGGGCUUGAAUGCCAUCAUACCUGAUAAUCUACUCAGCAUUUUUGACGAGAACGAACUAGAGCUACUCAUGUGCGGCACUGGCGAAUACUCGAUCAGCGACUUCAAGUCCCAUCACAUUGCCAAUGGCAAUUCAGCCGAAUUCCGGCGUGUGCUCGCCUGGUUUUGGGCCGGAGUCAGCAACUUUAGUCAGACGGAGAUGGCGCGUCUCUUGCAAUUCACCACGGGUUGUUCACAGCUGCCUCCGGGCGGUUUUCAGGAGCUCAAUCCACAGUUCCAGAUCACGGCGGCGCCCACGUUUGGUAAUCUGCCCACAGCGCAUACUUGCUUCAAUCAACUCUGCCUGCCGGAUUACGAGAGCUACGAACAGUUUGAGAAGUCGCUGCUGUUGGCCAUCAGCGAGGGCAGCGAGGGAUUUGGCAUGGUCUAAACUCUGGAGGAUGGCUGAAAUUGAUAAUUAAUAUAAUAUUAAGCGUACAAUAUUUCUAUAUACAGCAUAUACUACAAUAUAGUUUUUGAGUAGCCGCUGCAAAUUGUGUUCCUGCGCUUUCUACGUCAUAUAUUCUUAGUGCGUAUUGUAUUUGAUAAGCAUGCGUGAUGAUUAAAUUGUAAAGAGCAAAACUAGUUUUUCCAAUAAGUUUCUCUAUUUGCUUACAAGUUUACAAAUGAAGAAAUAAAUUAAAAAUGAAAAUGAAAAAGCAACCCAAGCAAAAGCAAUAAUUAAACACAAAAUAAAAAAAAAUAA